AUGACACUUCUUAAAACCAAACUUUUGAAAAUCGCAAAGUCUGGUGUUUUCCAGGACUUCACUCCCCAGCAAUUGAGUGAGACCAGAGAGGAAAUCUUAUCGCUCGGCACUGAUGGUCUUACUACUGUCGAAGUGUACACUUUACUUGAGCUCCAAUUUUAUAUUUCUCUUCUUACAAACCAUGAUGUGGAGGCCAAGGCAUGUCUUGACCGUUUAGUAGACCAAUUCGACACCGAGAAGUCUCAAAGAAUAAAGCUAUUACAGAGUUUAUAUUUAGAAGCGGUGGCAGGAGACGAGAAAAAGGCCACUGAUAUACUAUGUAGAGACCCUGAUGAAAUGAACUUGUCAAGGCGUUUAACUUCCUUCAGCAGGAAGCGUGCCAAUGGCAGCGAGCUGUUCAUAAACAAUUUGAUCUUCUAUUUGGACUUGAAUCCCAGUGACUUGAAGUCAUGGGGCGAAUUAGGGUCUCAGUACUCAAAGGUAGGCAACUAUGAAAAAUCCGUAUACUGUUACAAGGAAAUCUUGUUACGAGAACCAUUUGCAUAUAACAUAUUCUAUUUGGUUGGAUUGGAAUACUACCAUUGGUUCUUACAAGCAGACUUGAAUAACAAUAACAAAGAUAAGAAGGACAAGGUGUUGGAAGCAGUAGAAUUACUUAGUCAGGCUAGAAAUCACUUCCUUAGAUCCAUUGAAAUUAGCGAGAGCUACAAGAAGGGUUGGGAAGGUGUUUAUGCAGUUAGCAAUGUAAAAGAAUUCAAUGACAGAAUUGGUGGAAAAUGGGGACAAGUUAAAGAAGUCAAGAAGUUUUUGGCAGACGGUGACAAGUUAAGAGAGUUAUCUAAAUCAAAGAUUGAGAGUAUUUAG